CCCCCCCCCUGCCCCAUACAAAAACAAACGAAAACAACAUGGCUGCUUCCUCUGACAAAUCGAAAGGAGAGUCUAAAAAUGAAAAGGAUGAAAAAGAAAGCGUUCGUGUUAUCAAAACACCUGUUGAUCUGCAAAGACUCAAACUUGAAAAAUUAAUGAAAAACCCGGACAAAGAAGUGGUCAUCCCAGACAUGUCAAAGGAAAAAGCACCGAGAGCUCCACUAGAAUUCAUCAGAAAUAUUUGGGGAGGAAGCUGACACAGCUUACAAGCAGAAAGUGGAGCAGAACAAGAAAGAAGCAGAGGAGAGAACAGCAAAGAAAAGAGCUAAAAGGUUGAAGAAGAAGCAGAAGUUGAAAGCCAAGAAAAAAAUGAAGAAAAAUGAUGACAGUG